UGUGCCUUGUUGGAAAAAUUGAAACACAACAACCUUCCUUCUUCUCUUCGUGGCUAGUUCACGCCUUCUCUCCAUCUCCAUCUCCCCGGCCACCGCUCCGUUCUGCCACGCCGUCUUCCGUGUCAUCCACUGAUUAGAAGUUAGAACACAACACCCGUUUUAUUCGUGAACUCAAAUCGCUUUGUCGACUUCUCGCAGUUUCAGUUGUUGUUAUCUCAGAGCGAUGCACAACAGAGCAUUUACAGUUUUAUCGAAAAAUCUAAGGAUCAUUGCUUCAAAUGCCAAACUAUCGUUGUCGUCGGGAUCAUCAUAUUCACCAGUACAAAAGCAACAAACUGCUUUCCAUUCAUCCAGCAACAACAACAACUCUUCUUCUUCUCCAAUUGGUUCUCCAACCAGAGUCCAGAAACUCAUUGCUUCCCAAUCGGACCCUCUUCUCGCCAAAGAAAUCUUCGACUACGCUUCUCUCCAACCCAAUUUCCGUCACAAUUACUCCACCUACCUCAUUCUCAUUCUCAAAUUCGGUCGCUCCAAACACUUCUCUCUCCUCGACGAUCUCCUCCGUCGCCUCAAAUCUGAAUCCCAACCCAUUACUCCCACUCUCUUCUCUUACUUAAUCAAAAUCUACGGCGAAGCUAAUUUACCCGAUAAAGCCCUCAAUACCUUCUACACCAUGCUUCAAUUCAAUAUCAAACCUUUAACCAAACACCUUAACCGCAUUCUUCAAAUACUUGUUUCCCACCGGAAUUACCUUCGACCCGCUUUUGAUCUCUUUAAGGAUGCUCACAAACACGAUGUAUUCCCCGACACUAAGUCCUAUAACAUUCUCAUGCGUGCUUUCUGUCUUAAUGGAGAUAUCAGCAUUGCCUACACACUGUUUAACAAAAUGUUUAAGAGAGAUGUUGUUCCCGAUAUCGAGUCUUAUCGGAUUUUGAUGCAGGCAUUGUGUAGGAAGAGUCAGGUCAAUGGAGCUGUUGAUCUUUUGGAGGAUAUGUUGAACAAAGGGUUUGUUCCUGAUUCUCUGACUUAUACCACCUUGUUGAAUAGUUUGUGCAGAAAAAAGAAGCUUAGGGAGGCUUACAAGCUUCUUUGUAGGAUGAAAGUUAAAGGCUGCAAUCCUGAUAUAGUUCAUUAUAAUACAGUUAUAUUAGGGUUCUGUAGAGAAGGACGUGCUCACGAUGCUUGCAAAGUUAUCGAUGACAUGCAGGCUAAUGGUUGCUUGCCUAAUCUAGUUUCUUAUAGGACUUUGGUAAAUGGUUUAUGUCAUUUGGGAAUGCUUGACGAGGCGACUAAAUAUGUGGAGGAAAUGCUGUCAAAAGGGUUUUCUCCGCAUUUUGCUGUUAUCCAUGCCUUAGUGAAGGGAUUAUGCAAUGUUGGUAGGAUUGAGGAAGCAUGUAGAAUUCUCACCAAAUCACUAGAGCACAGGGAAGCUCCUCAUAAGGAUACUUGGAUGAUCAUAAUACCUCAAAUAUGUGAUGCAGAUGAUAGUGUUUUGGAGGAAGUUCUUAAGAUUGAAAUCAAAGGUGACACUAGAAUUGUCGAUGCUGGCAUUGGUUUGGAAGACUAUUUGAUUAGGAAGAUACGAGCUAAGACGAGGAAAUUUUAAACUUCUGCGGACUUGCAACUUACAAGCAUGCUUUUGUCAUCCAUGUAAAAUAUUUGUAUUCAGUUACAGGUGUUUCCUGCGCCACCUGAUCGAGAAAAGGUAAAAUCUCGUUUGUCUGAGUUUGGAAAUAGCAGCAAUGCUUUUAAGAAAGCUUUGAAUUCCAGAAUAGAACAACUUGUAGCAACCAUUACACCACAGAUACGGCCUCUAUGACAGUGUAGGAACAAUCAGCUACGAGCUUUCGGAGGCUGAGUAUGCAGAUAAUGAGGUGAAUGACCCAUGGGUUCAGAGACUUCUUCAUGCCGUGGAGACAAAUGUGGCUUGGCUGCAGCUAACAAUUAAUGACCGCUAACAAUUAUGAUACUUUUGUUCAUUUGGUUAUUGACUUCAUUGUGAAAAGGCUUGAGGUCAUUAUGAUGCAAAAAAGAUUUAGUCAGCUUGGUGGUCUUCAGCUUGACAGAGAUGCUCGAGCUCUAGCUAGUCAUUUCAGCAUCAUGACACAGAGGACUGUUAGAGACAAGUUUGCACGUCUUACUCAAAUGACAACAAUCCUAAAUUUAGAAAAGGUCUCUUGAGAUUCUAGAUUUCUGGGGCGAGAACUUUGGGCCUAUGACCUGGAGAUUAACUCCAGCUGAGGUUUGGCGUGUAUUGGGUCUGCGAGUUGAUUUUAAACCAGAAGCAAUAGCUGCUCCGAAGUUGUAAUAUCAUCUAUAUGGUCUCUUCACAUUUUUUUAAUAUUGUUUUUCCAGUUUUCAUCUUAAUAUGUAUUACAUGUUCAUUCUUAUUUUUAUUAGUUUUAGUGUUUGAGAAAGUAACACAGUAUUGUGAUGGUUUUUGCAUUAUACUAGCUUCAAAAUCAAAAUAAGCCAUAAAUGUAAUCAGAUUUACCACCCAAGAUAGUCUUUGUUUAUGCAAGAAACAUCUUGUGUGAUAAGGUCAUUGUUCCUCGUUA